AUGGCUCCUCCCUCGGGCCUGCAGUUCUCGUCAAAGGCCUCCGACUACAAUGACAAGAUCGAGCGUCUGCCGCCUCUGGCGCGCUCCAUAACCGCCCCGACCAGCUUCCAACAAUCAGCAGCAGCAGUGGCAUCAACAUCAUCAAUAUCAUCAUCAUCAUUGCACCACGGCCGUCCUGACCCGUCGCAUCUUGCCCCAGAGGAUGCCUUCCACGCCGCCUCCCCCCCUCGACGGUUAAAUGCGUUCGAAGCACCGGGCAACAGGGACCACAUUCCACGCCAUCUGUAUCGCAAAGACGGCGGCAGCAGGAGUCGCAGUCGGCGGCGGAGAAAGAGGCCCUGGAAAAAGUUACUGUGGGUUAAGCAGUCGUAUCCGGACAAUUACACCGACCAGGGGACUUUCCUCGAAAACCUCCAGCGCAACCCCCGACUAAAGCCUUACGACUUCUGGCCCCUGGUCGCAGACUCUACCGUCAUUGUACAACAUGUAUGCACGGUCUGCAUAUUUGUCGUCUGCUUUGUAGGCAUCCAUCAGGGGCGACUGAGCCCCGUGGCUGUCGUCGGCUGGGGUUCCAUUGCGACAUCGGUUGGCUGGUUCCUGUGGGAUUGGUGGGUGGGGAAGGAGGGCGAGAACGAUGAUAUCGAGAGCCUCCACAGGACAAGGAGCAUCGGCCCUAGACACUACCGCCGUUCUUCACGGCCCCAGGAUGAGAAGCGAAGCUCUGUCGGGGGCAGUGGUAGCGGAAGCGGCAGCGGGGGGCAAGGAGAAGAGGGCAUCGCGGCCUCGCAGACCGUCUCCGGCGCGGCUAGCAGCAGCGCGUCGACACUACCAUCAGCCGAAAGCUCCACAUCGAACCUGCUCAUGCCCCCGGGUCAGGCACUUCUGCCGAGCGCCAGUGCCAGCGCCACGAACCUCUUAACUGCGAAGCCUUAUUCCACAUCUGCGAGCUCUCUGCUGUCCGCCACCUCCCAGGUCAGCACUUCUGGCACGACCACGAACCAAUUGCGGUCCCGCCGGACAUCUUCACCCACCGACCCUGCCGGCCCACAGGUCAAACACCGGCCCUCGUCGCCGCUCCGAGGCGGCCGGGCUCACCUGCGCAUGAACACCAUCAAGUCCGCAAUCCUCAUCUACUUCACACUUCUCGGCCUGUCCCCGAUCCUCAAGUCCCUCACCCUCUCGACCUCCUCGGACAGCAUCUGGGCCAUGUCCUUCUGGCUGCUGGCCAUCAACAUCUUCUUCUUCGACUACUCGGGCGCCUGGGUCGGCGUCAACAAGUUUCCCGUCGCGUCGCUGUCCACCAAUGCCGCCCUGAUGGCCUCGACCGUGCUGGCCAGCCGGCUGCCGUCGACGGGCCAGGUGUUCAGCCUGACGCUGUUCAGCAUCGAGGUCUUCGGCCUGUUCCCCGUCUUCCGGCGUUACGCGCGCCACCGGAGCUGGCGGUACCACGUGGUCCUGACGGUUCUGCUGGUCCUCGGCGCGGGCGGCGGCGUUGGCAUGAUCCUUGGCGGCGCCGACUGUGACGGGCCCCGCGCCUGCGAGAACCAGCCCUGGCCCUGGGCGAGCGGCCUCCUGGGUAUGGUGGUCGGCUGCGUCAUUGCUGCCGUUGCCAUGGGCGGAUGCAGCUGGUGGCUGAUCGGGCUGCAGAAGUACAAGAACGAAAUCUAUGGCCCCUGGGACCCUGCACGGCCGAUUAUUAUCAGCCGGAGGCACUGGGAUGAUGACUGA